UUACUCAAAUUAUUUUCGAAUGGCUCACAAUUACUAUCGUUGAUUAAAUUCUCAGGAGCGAGCCAAGGCUUUGUAAUAUUGGGCAUAAGUGGCUUAGUUUUCUUGGAAGGUGCGUUAAUUGGUGUGCCAAUAUGGAAUUUAAGCCAAAAACAUCUAGCGCUGGUAUCGUCUGUCACAGUUACCUGUGAAAUGUUUAGGUUGGCAAUGAAAAUCCACGCAGUUGCCGUGGCGUGUGGUCCUCGGUGCUUUGGAAAGGGUCCUCCUCUGCCUUCAUUCCAACAUUACGUUUACUUUAUUUUUGCACCUACAUUGGUAUACAGAGAUCAAUAUCCAAGAACGAAAAAAACUAGAUGGGGCGUAGUUUUAUUCCAUUUCAUAGAAGUGGCAGCCAUCAUUUUCUACAAUAGUUUCUUAUGGGAACGAUUCAUCCUACCUUACUGGUCCGACUAUGGGAAACAAUCACGGGUUGAAGCAGGCACAGUGGUGCGAGGUAUGUUCGCAUGCGUGCUCCCAGGAGUGCUCUCCUUUUUGUGCGGAUUCUACUGCGUGCUGCAGGCCUGGCUUAAUGCAUUCGCCGAAAUUCUUCGGUUUGGAGACAGGCUUUUCUACGAGGACUGGUGGACAACCUCACGCUUUUCCCGCUAUUACCGCGCUUGGAACCGCGUAGUAUAUUCCUGGCUGCGGGACCAUCUCUACAAGCCGCUAGCUCCUCGUACUGGGCGCGCUUUUUCGACAUUCAUUGUAUUUUUCGUUUCAGCGCUGGCGCAUGAAGUGGUACUGGCCCUUUCAUUUGGCUUCUUCUAUCCUGUGCUUAUGACGGAGUUCGGAGUGUUAGGAGUCCUAAUGUUACCACUAACGUCCACUAACGGGCGACGGUUUCCCAAUGUAUUUAACUUAUUUAUGUGGUUGUCUUUCUUUUUUGGUAACGGUAUUUUGUGGAGUUUAUAUCCGAUGGAAUAUUUCGCUCGCAAAAACUGUCCACCCUCCGAAAGCGAUAGCUUUUUUAUACCAAAGUCAUGGUCGUGCCCUGAAAUCAUACUCAAACCGAACUGGACCUUCCAGAAUCCAUUGGAUAUAGUUUACUGACCAAGUAAUAAAAUAAAUGUAAUUUGAUUGUA